AUGAAAGAAAUAAAACAAAUAGAUGUAAAGCCUUUUCUCGAAACGUAUUAUGCAGAUAACAGUAUAAGUGAUGAGUUAAAGGAAGUUUUUGAUUAUAUCGAGCUAAAUAAGCAUAAGAAUAAUUUUCUUAAAUUAUUUGAAGAAUAUUUAAGCGAAUAUAAUAAAAAAUUAAUAAAAGAUGGAAAUUUGUUAAAAGACAAUGUUAUAUAUGAUUAUGAAUAUGUGAAACAAUAUAAUGCUGAGCUAGCCGAAAAGGCAGGGUUAAAUUGUGACAAUAAAUAUCAGUGGUGUGUAAAAUCGGUCAAUUCAAUAAAUGAAAAUUAUCAAUUUCUAGGAUUAGAUACAAACAUUAUUUCUGAGAAUAUCAACAAUAAAAUAUCAUUAUUUUUAGAAUUAUUUAUUAAAUAUUCUGAAAAAUUAAAUUUAAAUAUCGAAAUCAGUCCUAUAUUAAAUAUGAAUGAGGAUGAGUCACAUAUUUUUGGUCGAAUAUAUACAGACAAUGAGAUAAAUAUAAGUGAAUCAAAUAUAAUUUUAGAAGGCAAUAUAAAUUAUAAUAAUGGAGAUAAAGCACAAUUAUUAAACUUAAGUAGUAUGAAAAACUUAUGCUUUUUUUUAGGACAAAUUUUAGCUAUAAAAGGGAAAAAAGAAAUAAAUCAAUAUAGUAUAAAAUAUUAUGUUAGUAGUAUAUAUGCUGGUUUACCAACUCAUUUAAAAGUAAAAAUCGACAAUGACAUUUUAUUAAAGCAUUUUAAUUGCCAAGAAAUUGAGAACGAUAUUAAAUCUGAAGAACUGGGCAAUGAUCAAAUAUUACAAAUGUAUAACAAUGAUAAUAUCCAUAUUAUGGUAUGUAAUGGAUAUGUAUAUAAAGAUAAUGAUUAUAGUGAUUAUUUUGAUAUUUUUUUAAAAAUUGUAAAUGAAAAAUUACCUCAUGUCGUUUUAAUUUUUGGCCCCUUUUUAUACAUUCGUAAUUUUAAUGAAGCUAUUCAAAAAAUAGGAGAUAUUAAUGUUAUAUAUGAUAACAUUUUCAAAAAAAUUACAAAAUUAGCAAAAAAUGAGGCAUUAGAAAAAACACAUUUUUAUAUCAUUCCAUCCAUUUAUGAUUCUAUUAAUAUAUACCCACUACCUCAACCACCAUUUUGUAGUGAAAAUUAUGUGAACGCAGCUAAUAAUGUCCAUUUUUUAUCAAACCCAUCUUAUAUAUAUAUAAAUGAAUUAAAAAUAGCUUUAACAUCAUGUGACAUCAUAUAUAACUUAAAUAAAAACUUAUUAUGUAGACCAAGCGAAAUGAAAACAUUUUAUUUAUUUGAACAAAUUUUAAGACAGCUUUCGUUUUUCCCCUCAUAUCCAUCUGAAUAUAACAUCGAGAUUACAAAAUUCAAAAACCUUUUAUUUCAGCCAAAUAGAUUACCCGAUAUAUUUUUGUUCCCAUCAUUUACUAAUGAAAAAUCCUAUGUUAAGGAUGUACAUAAAAGAUUGUUUAUAUGCCCAUAUUCCUUGGAUUUAAAUAAAGCCGAGCCAUCAAAUUUUUUUUCAAAUAUUUAUAUUCUUCCACCAACCGAAACCCAAGAAUUGUCAAAAAGGGUAAUUCUUGAAAAUGUCUUUGUUCGUAAUAAGACAAGCUCUUGA